AUGGCAAGAGAUUUUUGCAUACAAGAAGGCUUUGCUGUGACAGUAGACUAUGCUGACAAUCAUAGAUAUACUGCAAGGUGUCUGAUCAAUGAUUGCAGUUGGAGGAUUCAUGCAGCAGUCCUUGUUGAUAAAGUCAACUGGGCAAUAAAGAAGCUGGAAGGGGAACAUAAAACUUGUGGGAGGCUAGAAGAGAAUCAUAUGGUCUCUUCAGCAUGGCUUUGUAGACAUUUGAGGCCAGAUCUGGAAGCAAACCCAGAAAUCCCUGUUGAUGCACUGCAAAGGAUGUGCCUGGAGAGGUUUAGGAUCCAAGUAAAGUCCAAGCUAUUUUACAAAGUGAAGUGCUUGGCCAGGGAACAAAUUCAUGGUGGUUUUGCCCAGUCCUAUGCUCUCUUACCAAAAUAUGCUGAGAUGAUAAAGGCCACCAAUCCUGGCUCAUAUGCUCUCAUUACUUGGACUGACAGUGGGGGCAAUGGUGAAAAGUUCAAGGCAUGUUUCAUCUCUUUUGCAGCUCAGGUGAAAGGGUUCUUGGGUGGCUGCAGACCCAUUAUAGGGAUUGAUGGUGCCCAUCUCAGUGGCUAUUACAAAGGAGUCAUGCUCACUGUAGUGUCAAUUGAUGGCAAUAAUGAGAUUUUUGUGAUAGCUUAUGGUCUGGUUGAUACAGAGAGUAUAGACAGCUGGACUUACUUUUUCAGAAACCUAAGGCUCUUAUUUGCACAAUAUGGAUCUGAAAGGGAUGACUGA